UGUGAUUUGGUGUGUAGAUUAUCUUGUGUAACAUAAACAAAAGGUGUGCAAAUAAAAGCGCCGCACCGCUGUGCAGCCGCAUUUUUAAAACGCUCGGCUUAUGGCUCACUUGACAAAGAGCUAGGAGAUAAUGGCACAUGGCGACAACAGUUAGUAAAUGACAGGAUAUAAAGGCACAAUUAUUGAGCAAUCACAGGACAUGGCAGCCGCAACGUCAGCGACCCGUGAAUUCGUAGAGGGCUGGACUCUAGCGCAGACGCUAGGUGAAGGCGCCUAUGGCGAAGUCAAAUUGCUUAUCAAUCGCCAGACGGGAGAGGCUGUGGCCAUGAAAAUGGUCGACCUGAAGAAGCAUCCCGAUGCCGUGAUCUCAGUGCGCAAGGAGGUUUGCAUACAGAAGAUGCUACAGGACACACACAUCUUACGCUUCUUUGGCAAACGAUCCCAGGGACAUGUGGAGUAUAUCUUUUUGGAAUAUGCUGCCGGUGGAGAGCUAUUCGAUCGGAUCGAACCUGACGUUGGCAUGCCGCAGCAUGAAGCACAGCGUUACUUCACCCAACUGCUCUCCGGUCUGAACUAUUUGCAUCAGCGUGGCAUUGCCCAUCGUGAUCUGAAGCCUGAGAAUCUGCUACUGGACGAGCAUGAUAAUGUUAAAAUCUCUGACUUUGGAAUGGCCACUAUGUUUAGAUGCAAGGGACGAGAGCGUUUACUAGAUAAGCGCUGUGGCACCCUUCCUUACGUGGCGCCAGAGGUGCUAUUGAAGCCGUAUCACGCACAACCGGCGGACAUUUGGUCAUGUGGUGUCAUAUUGGUGACAAUGCUAGCGGGUGAACUGCCCUGGGAUCAGCCUUCGGCCAGCUGCGCGGAGUUCAUCACCUGGAAGGACAACGAUCGCUGGCAAACGCAAACGCCAUGGAGCAAGUUGGACACAUUGGCCAUCUCGUUGCUGCGCAAAGUGCUGGCCACCAGUCCGGGUGCGCGCCUGACGCUGGAAAAGAUCCUCGAUCACAAAUGGUGCAACAUGCAGUUCGCCGAGCAUGAUCGUUCCUAUGAUAUAGUUGACUCCGCCGCUGCUUUGGAGAUUUGCUCACCCAAGGCUAAACGACAGCGGCUGCAGUCGAGCGCUCAUUUGAGCAAUAAUUUGGAUGAUUCCAUAUCGCGCAACUAUUGCUCUCAGCCGAUGCCCACAAUGCGCUGUGACGAUGAGUUCGUGCCUCGAUCGCGCAAUUCCAAUGGCAAUGGCCAAGGGGCUGACGACGACAGACAGGCGCUGGCUCAGGAGGCACGGCUAACGUAUUGCUUCUCACAGCCCGCGAUGCUGGACGAUCUGCUGCUGGCAACACAAAUGAAUCAGACGCAACAGAGCGCAUCACAGAACUACUUCCAGCGCUUGGUGCGCCGCAUGACCCGAUUUUUCGUGACGACCCGCUGGGACGACACCAUCAAGCGGCUGGUGAGCACGAUCGAGCGCCUGGGUAGCUAUACCUGCAAGGUCGGCGACGAUGGCGUCGUCACAAUCUCAACUAUUGAUAGACGCAAGCUUCGCCUAGUGUUCAAGGCUCACAUCAUUGAGAUGGAUGGCAAAAUACUCGUCGAUUUUCGACUGUCGAAGGGCUGUGGCCUCGAGUUCAAGCGACGUUUCAUCAAAAUCAAACUUGCUCUCGAGGAUAUUCUGCUAAAGGGACCAACGACUUGGCCUAUUGCCAUUGCUACCAAUUCGGUGCCCUAGCUAUGACAAAUUAGGCAUAGAUAGAUGUAGUUUUUAACAAGCAUAUCACCUGGUUUACUAAUCAGACACUUUUUUAUAUCACGUUUUUUAACAUCAUAUUUAGAAUAAGUAC